AUGAGAAAUGCGGGCUCCGACUCUGAGCAGGACCGUCUACUAGAAGAAGCAUCAGCUGUUGUUAAGGAACAGGCAUGGCUGAUGAAGCAGUCGAUCGCCAACAACAACAUGCGAGAGACGUUGAAGCAUGCGUCCAACAUGAUAUGUGAACUAAGGACGGGUACACUGGAGCCUAAGACCUACUACGAGCUCUAUAUGCAGGUUUUUACUGACUUACAAUCGUUGGCGUUGUAUUUCCAAGAAACUCAGAGGCAUGGUAUGAAAUUGUCCGCUCUCUACGAGUCAGUCCAGCAUGCAGGUAACAUCAUACCACGAUUGUAUUUACUGAUAACAGUGGGAGCGGGUUUUAUACAGAGCAAGGACGCCCCUGCCAAGGAGAUACUCACCGAUCUCACUGAACUUUGCAAGGGAGUUCAGCAUCCCAUAAGAGGCUUAUUCCUACGAUACUAUUUAUCGCAGUGCUGCAAGGAUAAAUUACCAGAUACUGGCUCAGCGUAUGAAGGGAUCGAGGGGGGCAAUGUGUACGACGCCAUUGAUUUCAUACUCAACAACUUCACGGAGGCCAACCAACUGUGGAUAAGACUCAAUCAUCAGGGUAGUCUACGAGACCGGGCGAGGCGAGAAAGGGAGCGACACGACCUUCGUGUUCUUGUGGGCAACAACCUCAUUAGAUUGAGCCAACUCGAUGGCAUGGAUAAGAAUAUAUACGUAUCGAUCGUUUUGCCCAAGCUGUUGGACCAAGUGGUCUCAUGCCAGGAUACUAUGGCUCAGCAAUAUCUACUAGAUUGCAUUAUACAGGUCUUCCCGGAUGAAUAUCAUCUCUCUACACUGGACUCACUUCUAACGACAUGCAGCAAAACCAACAGCGCUGUGGACCUCAAGCCAAUCAUUGUCAACCUUAUGAAUCGUCUAGCAGUAUACGUUUCGUCGAACCCGGGGUCGGUCCCUCACGACUUGGACGUUUUCGAGCUCUUCCGAUCGCAUCUCGAUCGUAUGUUGGACCGCAGUGAGAUCGAUGCGGCACAAACCGUUGACACUUCGGAGAGUGGACAAGGUAUUGGUCUUAGAGGCGUGGUAGAGGGAGUCGUAGCAGUCUGGCGUCCCUGA